UGAGAGUGCCAGAGACAGAGAGAGAACGGGAGAGUGAGCAGCACCACACACACACACACUUAUACACACAUACUUACAUACACACACACACACACACAGAGAGUCUGACAGGGAUGCUACCGUACCGAGAGACAGUAGCAGCAUCAUCACCAACAAACACACACACACAGAAACACACACAUAUACACACACACUGUUGUACUCCAGGAGGCAGUGAGACACAGUGACCCAGACUCACAGGAUUUAAACCUGGUAUCAUAAAUCACGGGCUGGCACCGGUUCCGGCGCACGAGGACGGAUUUAAGCAGCACCUGAGGAUGACCCACGUGUCGGUCCAGAUCAGACUCAUCACUACUGGAUCUCUUGUAUGAGAGGUCUUACAAUCCUCCAUAAUUCAUAAGGAAUUCUUCAGAACUUAUCGUGUCAAAACCACUGCCAAAGGUGUGCCACUAAACCAGUACGGAGUGCGGGAGGAGCGGCUAGCCGUUGCCGGACAGAGAUGUGGCCGCAGGGGCAGCGGGCGGCCCUGGCUGUGCUGUCAAUCAUUGUGCUUCUGUGGAGGAAGGCGGCUCCCAUCGAAGUCCCUCAAGACCCGAGGAUCCUGCAGGACUUGAAACAGCCCCCCACCAUUGUGAAGCAGUCUGUGAAGGACUACAUUGUGGACCCCCGAGAUAACAUCAUCAUUGAGUGCGAGGCCAAGGGGAACCCCGUGCCAACGUUUUGGUGGAGGCGGAAUGGGAAGUUCUUCAAUGCUGAGAAGGACCCACGCGUGUCCAUGCGGAAGCGUUCUGGGACGCUGGAGAUCAGCUUCAGGAACGGAGGAAAGCCUGAGGAGUAUGAGGGGGAAUACCAAUGUUUCGCUUUGAACGACUUUGGCACGGCUAUAUCCAACAAAAUCCUGCUACGAGUGUCCAAAUCUCCACUGUGGCCUAAAGAGGUUCUGGAACCGGUGGUGGUCACUGAGGGGUCUUCACUGAUCCUCCCCUGCAACCCCCCUCCUGGCCUCCCCCCUCCAAACACCUUCUGGAUGAACAGCGCCAUGAUGCCCAUCACGCAGGACAAGCGGGUAUCCAUGGGCCUGAACGGGGACCUGUAUUUCUCCAAUGUGUUGGCGAGAGACUCGACCAUGGACUACAGCUGCAACGCCCGCUUCCUCUUCACCCACACCAUCCAGCAGAAGAACCCCUUCAACCUCAAAGUGCUGACCAAGGAGCCUUAUAAUGACACGCUGUCCUCUCUGAACGACACUGACCUGUACGGUGCGCGGAAUAUUCCAGAAUUUGCUCCCAGCUUCCUCUCUCCGUCUGGACUCCACAGCUCCAAGAUGGUUCUCCGUGGAGAAGAGCUUCUUUUAGAGUGUAUAGCUGCAGGAGUCCCGACUCCUGGCAUCAAGUGGUUUAAGAAGGGUGGGGAUCUGCCGGAGAGGAAGGUGAAGUUUGAGAGCUUUAAUAAAACUCUGCGGAUCGUGUCGGUGUCGGAGGAGGAUUCUGGGGAAUAUGUCUGCAUGGCCAGUAAUAAGAUCGGCAGCAUCCGCCACUCCAUCUCCGUCCAGGUCAAAGCUGCUCCCUAUUGGCUCCAUAAGCCAACCAACCUGGUGCUUGCCCCGGGUGAGAACGGGCAGCUGGUAUGCCUGGCCAGCGGGAACCCCAAACCCACCAUCGAGUGGCUGGUGAACGGAGAGACGAUCCAGAGUUCGCUUCCGAACCCGAGCAGGGAGGUGGUUGGCGAUGCAAUCAUUUUCAACUCUGUGCAGAUUGGCAGCAGUGCUGUGUACCAGUGCAACGCCUCAAAUGAACACGGAUACCUGCUGGUGAACGCUUUCGUCAGCAUACUAGACAUGGCACCACGGUUGCUUGGCCCCAAGAACCAGUUGAUAAAGGUGAUUGAGAACCACCAAGCCUUCUUGGACUGCCCGUUCUUUGGAUCGCCUUAUCCAGAUGUUCGUUGGUUCAAGAAUGGCCUUGGCAUCGUUCUGGAUGGUGUGAAAUACAGGCUACAUAAUAACGGUACUCUGGAGAUCAAGCGGGCUCGGCCUGAAGACCAGGGGACGUACACUUUUGUUGCCAGCAACAUGCUGGGCAAGGCUGAGGACCAAGUCCGUUUGGAAGUGAAGGAACCAACACGAAUUACUCGGAUCCCAGAGCACCUGUCUGCCAAUCGUGGAAGCCUGGCCCGCUUUGAGUGCAAAAUCAAACACGACCAUACCCUCCCUGUCACCGUCAGCUGGCUUAAAGAUGACAAGCCGCUCCAUUUUGGUUGGAUGAGCAAGUAUAAGAAAGACGAGGAGUCGAUGUCAAUACCCAACAUCAACAGCGAUGACGAGGGCACCUACACAUGCACAGUUUCUACAGAGCUGGACCAGGAUUCUGCCUCUGCCCGCCUUAUAGUUUUAGAGGAUGAUUCCCUGUCUCCCUCAAAUCCUAGUGCCUUUGCAGACCGUCCUGAUCCUCCUCAGGACCUAGAGCUGUCCGACCUAUCAGCACGCUCCGUGCGUCUCACCUGGGUCCCCGGUAACGAAAACAACAGUCCUGUCACAGAAUUCCUGGUCCAGUAUGAAGAGGACCGGUGGAAACCUGGUGAAUGGCAGAACCUGUCCAGUUACGCUGGAAACCAGAACUCGGUGAACCUGCAGCUGUCUCCUUUUGUGAACUACCAGUUCAGAGUCAUCGCCAUCAACAAAGUGGGCCAGAGCCGCCCCAGCCGCCCCUCUGCUCGGUACCAGACCAGUGGAUCUCCACCCGAUGUUGCCCCCAGUGGCCUUAAAGGAUGGGGCACCAGGAAAAACAACAUGGAGAUCUCUUGGCAGCCCUUACUGGAUACUCAGAGGAACGGGCCUGAAUUACGGUAUGUUGUGUCAUGGAGGCGUAAAGACCAUGAGGAGGAGUGGAACAACGUCACCACUACCAGUACAAAGUACGUGGUCAGUGACACUGAGACCUACGUGCCCUACGAGAUCAAAAUCCAGGCCAUCAACGACUUCGGACGAGGUCCGGAAUCCAACGUAGUCAUUGGCUACUCUGGGGAAGACAAGCCCUCUGCUGCCCCGGCUGAUCUCAGGGUGCCGAAGGCCGACAGUACCAAAGUGAACGUGCACUGGGUCCCGGUGGAGCCCAGCUCCAUCCAUGGAGAGUUUAAAGAGUACAGACUGUACUACCGGCGGGAGGCCAGCCUGGCCAAGGGCGUCAAGGUGACCAAAGAGAAGAAGACGAAAGGCUUCUACAGUGACGUGUCCCAGAACUCCGGCAUCCUGACCGACCUGGUUCCCUACAGCAGAUACAGCAUGUACAUGGUUGUCGCCAACAACAAGUUUGAAGGGCCCCACAGUAAAACUGUGGAUUUCGAAACCAAGGAAGGAGUGCCAGGAGCUCCGAAGUUCUUCAAGAUUGUUCAGAGGAACACAGAGACCAUUCACCUGGAGUGGGAUAAGCCUGUGGAGCCAAACGGCAUUCUGAUCGGGUACACUCUCAAGUACAACACAGUUAACGGGACGCAGGUGGGCGGUCAGCAGGUCCAAAGCUUUUUUGCCAACGAGACGGAGCACACCAUCCAUCUGCCGGACCGCUUCACUCGCUACAAGUUCUACCUGUCCGCCCGGACGCAGGUGGGGUCUGGAGAGGUGUACGCCGAGGAGUCACCUCACUUCGCUAAUGAAGACUUUAUCACUUCAGGUACUGAAGCUUGCCUGACAGCACAAUGCUUGCCUGUCUUGAUCGAUGCUACAGACGCCUUGGUGUUCGCAACUCCUCCUCCCCCUCUCCCCUCGACCACCGUCCCGACUACCACCAUUAGUACCUCAACUACUACUACUGUAGCCCCUACUACUGCUGCUACCCCUACUACUGCUGCUCCAACUACUGCUCCAACUACUACUGCCACCACACCCGCCACCACUACCUCUACCACCACCACACCCGCCACUCGGCCUGUCACCACCAAGCGGGUGGACAUGAACAUGCUGGCCCCCAACAUAAAGAUCUGGAAUCUGACCGUGGAUGCUAACAGUGACUAUGCUAACGUCAGCUGGAAGCACAACUUCCCUGAUGACAGCAGCAAGUUUGUGCUAGAGUUCACACUGGACAGUAAUGGCUCUGUUAAAAGCGUGGUUGAACACAAGCCCCCCAUUAAACUGGCCGGGCUGGCAGCUGGGGCCAAGUACCGCCUGCGGGUAUAUUCCCACCUGCAGCCCAGCAUCACCAGCGAGUAUGUCACCUUCGAGACCAGCGGAGCCUACAGCAAGGACCAGGUGGACAUCGCCACGCAGGGUUGGUUCAUUGGUCUCAUGUGUGCCAUCGCACUGCUAGUCCUGAUCCUGCUCAUCGCUUGCUUCAUUAAGAGGAGUCGAGGAGGGAAAUACCCAGUGAGAGAUAAAAAAGACCUACCUUUGGAUCCGGUGGACCAGAAAGACCAGGAUGGAUCAUUUGAUUAUCAGAAUGAGAACAGGUCUCUUGAAAGAGAAAGUAGCGACGAGGACAACAAGCCUCUGCAGGGCAGCCAGACGUCUCUGGACGGGAACGUGAAGGAAAGCGACGACAGUCUGGUGGAUUACGGUGAGGGCGGCGACGGCCAGUUCAAUGAGGAUGGAUCCUUCAUCGGCCAGUACACGGUCAAAAAGGACAAGGAGGAGACAGAGGGCAACGAAAGCUCAGAAGCCACCUCUCCCGUCAACGCCAUCUACUCACUGGCAUAGAGCCUCCUUCACGUCCGCCUUCUGGGAACAGCGCCACCUGAAGGCCUGGAGGAUACAAAUAUAUGAACCUUUAUGCCAAUAAACGUCAAAAUAAAGAGAGAAAAGAGAAAAGUGGACACACAUUCUACACAAAACACAGAACUAUGGGCAGAACGCCUUGUCCCUGUGACAAGGAAAGCUGGUGGAAGUUCGGAAACAAACCCCGCCCCCAAAGCAAUCCGAAGGGCAGUUUUCGAGAAGAUUUCAGAACAGUGCCUGUGUCCCUGUGCCCCACACAGACUGCAGUAUGCCUUUCGGCCAACAGGGGGCACAGUGAAACUUGGGCAACUCCGGACUUUCGAGCAUUUUGUGUGGCUUUUUUCUUUUUUUGGUUACUUUUUACUUUAUUUUUAAAAAACCCAGACCCGCUUUUACCCUCAAACCCCGCCCCCUGUGUAGCUAUAGCAUCAAAGAGAAGGAGAUAACACAAGGAGCGGCGAAAGCCCUGCGACAUAUCAACUGUGGGCCGACUCUGUCUGUAACGGAUGUCGGCAAAUGCGUUUAUCAUAUUGAUAUUCAGCAACGAAAGAUCAACUUUUUUUUUUUACGUUCCUUUUUUCACAGCCGAUAGAUGUGUCAAAAAAAAGAAAAAUAAAUAAGAGAUACAUGAAUGCUGUAAUCAGUGCCGGUGCAGCGGUUCGCCACUGUGCCACUCAAAGCUAUGCACUAUAUAUUACCACACAAACGUUCGCUUUCCUUUGAGUCGAAAAAUCAGUAAAAUAAUUGCUUUUUUUUUCUUUUUCUUUAUAAAUGUUGUCUUGCGUAAAAAAAAGUAAACCUUAAUCUUAACUUUAAGCUAAAAUGCUCGUCCCCUUUCCGUCCCUUCCUAGCGGAUACAUGUAUAUGUUCUCAUUCGCUGCUUAAAAAAGGCUUUUGCAAAAAUAUUUUUUCAUUGGCUGCAGCUUUAGCGAUGCCAUUAUUGCCACAGAUAUUUUAUACUUCUCCCGAAAUUUGAGCACCAUCACUGAGAAAAUGACGAGAAAAGAGACGUUAUUUUGAAGCAUGGUAGACUUUUAGUGCAAGAGACAAUGGAUAGGAUGAGACGAAGAAUUUCUCUCUUUUAGGGGAAUCUCCAUAACCACAAUAUUGUAUAAGCGUUUUUUUUAUAACUGGCACUAUACAAUAUAUUAGAAUAUGAGAAGAAUGAUAAUGGCGAUGAUGUUGAUAAUAAUACCCUAAUGAUGAUCAUGAUGACCUCGGGCCCGGUCGCCACCACUUUUUGUAGUACUUGGGCCGAGUCCGCUGUGUAUCUACGGUGUGUUUAGGAUGACUGCGAUGGUGGACGAUGAGCGUAGGUGGACUGCCAUUAAACGUAAAUGUAGAAGCAGCAAACACUGAAUGGCUUUCAUAACAAAAAAUGAGAGAGGAACAGCCAUAUGUUUAUUUACGUAAAUCCUCAUAUAUAUUUAUUCAUGUUUUCAUGUUGAGCCCAUGCUAAACUUCAUGAUAUGUUUCAUGAUAAGCUUCAUGAACCCGACCUAUCCAUGCUCCGCCCACACAUCUGUUGUUUCAUAGCAACUGAGAAAGUAAAUUAAUAAACUGAAUGGGAUCUAAUUUAAAAAAAAAGCUAAAAAGAAGUCAUAUCACAUAUCACACAACUUCAAAAAUCAUUGUACAUAAUUUGAACAUUUUUUAAUUUAUUGCAUUUAAAAAUUUAUAAUUUAUUAAAGGUUAUUUUGCAUGGGUAUACAUUUUAUUUUAUUAUUAAUUUUGUGUUGAUUUGCAUUAUUUAUUUGAAUUCUUUUGAAAUGCAAACUUUUCUAAAGUUUUCUAGUAAUAAAGGAAUAAUUAAUAUUUAACGGUCUUGUCAAAUGAAUCUGGAUUUGCUUUUGUUUGUUUAUCAUGUUUAUCAAAUUUGGCCUCCAGUUUUGUUUUUGUUUUGUUUUUAUUUAAUCUAAAAUAGUAAAAAUUUAAAUGUAAUAUAAUCUCAAUAAUAAUUCACUUGAGGAAUUCCGUCGCUGUGCUUUGAUUUCUGCUAUACUGGGCUGUAUUGUUCAUUAGCAUUAGUCAGUAAGGAACUCCUAUAGGCCUCCACAGCAUGGCAGCCUACAUGCAAAUGUUAUUUUGAUUAUUUUUUUUAGCAUGAAAAAAAAAACAAGAUUGGGGUAAACAUCAAAUAAUAACAGACAAUAUGUGAAUCUAUCGCCUUUUCCAUACAUUUAAUUCAAAUGCAAAAUGCAAAAACUAUUGUGAAUUAUUUUGUCAGAACUGUUGGCUUCCGCAUAUUUUUUGUGGAGUUCCACAGGGUUCAAUUUUAGGACUUAUGAAGUUGAUGGUAACUUUGAGUGAACAUACAGGGUCUAAGGGGUUAAAUGGGAUUUUGGAUCCGCGCUUAUGGAAAAGCAUUUUGUAAAACCAUCUUGUAGCUAUUUACAUUUUCUUAUAUUUCUUAUAUUUUUAUGAAGAUCCUUAUUUGUUCUAUAUAGUUUAAAAAGUUUACAUGAAUCUUAUCCUACUGGCUUGAUAGAAUACAGUAGCUUUUUUUAUAUUUGCUUAGAUCAAACAAAAUUAUCUGCCAAUAAAAAGAGAAAAAUAUAAGUUUCUAAACAUAAAACACAACUUAAACUUAAAACAACUAAACAUAUUCUUUAUGCAAUCUUGUAAUUAGAAAUAUUAGGCAUAUCAACUUAAUUGAAGACAAAUUUACAAUUUUUUUUCAGUGUGGGUGAAACAUGGAUAGGUUUGAGACGAAGAACUCAAAAUCAGUUUAUCGGAGUAACACAACAGAUGUACAGAUGAGUGAAAAAUGUAAGUGCCAGGUCCCUCACAGUAGCAAAAACAAUAAAUACAAAUAUAGAAAUAUAGAAAUCUACACCAAAUUCACACUAAAUUAUCUAAAACUUUGUUUCAAACAGUGAUGGAUCACAGAGGCCACUGUUACAGACAUCGCACGCUUUUCUUUUGCAGUUUUGGGGCCAAGUCCCGAAAGCGUGCGAGCCAUGCCCACUGAGAGUCCGCACUCUCUCAGAUAGAGUGUCAUGUUUUUAUACUGCACCAAUAUAUACAUCACCACCUCCCCAAGAGGGCGCUGUACGUACGCAAAAUCGCAAAAAAUUAGCUAUUUAUUGAUGUGUUUAAUUUAUACUGUAACACUUCUAGGUAACAUUAAUCGAUGCUUCGAUAACAAUGAUGCCUUUAACAAACACCCAAUUUUAACGACUCGUUUCACAGAUUGAAAGCUGUAUCACAGAACUUAAAAGCUUCUUAACGAACUUUACGUAGAGUAAAUAGCCUAAAUAUGUUAUAAAUACAUAUAUAUUAGACCCACAUAAAGCGAUUUUGCUGUAAACUAACUCUAAACUCUUUAAUGUCGCCAUUUAAUCGUACAUUAUUUGUCUGUUGAUCUGUUGAUUGUGCUGCUCUUUAGUAAUAUUGUUAUUGUAUUAUCACUGUUAUAAUAAUGUGUUGAAAUAUUUAGAACAUUAUAUUUUAUUUAAUGUAACUUUUACACACACAGAAAGGAUAUAUUGUUUAUUUAUUACAGGGUCCCUUGUUUUACUUUUACUCUAAUGUAAAUAUUAAUUUAAGCUCUUGAUUAAGUGAAAUGAGAGUGUAGUUGAGAGUAGCACCUCAAAAGCGAUAAUGAUUAAUAUAUUACUAUAUUAAUAUACUAAUGCUGUGUUCCAUUUAAAAAGUGCCAAGUAAGACAUUUCUGGUACUGGAACAUCCCCACAAGUACUUGGAAAGUGCUUAGAAUUCAAUAUGUUUAGAAUCCAAUAUGGCGGCACUGAACAUCAACAGUAGUCAUACACUCGCACUACUGUUUAAACUCUAUCUAUAGAUAUGUAGAGUACCAAUGCUAAUAUAUAAAGCAUUGUUAUCAACUGGUAUCACUAACAAUGCUAACUAUGGGUUAAUGCUAACUAUGCUAAUUUUGAAUAAUGCUAACACUAAAAACUGGGACAUAAAAAGUGUGACAUCAUAUUUUUGUUGGAUUCACCAUUAAACACAAGUAAAGGAUUGUCACACCAGUUGUGGUAAACUUCAAAGUCUUCACAAAUCAAAAUUAUCGUCAAGUUUAAUUGGAAGUCCAUCCAUUUAAUCAGGUGUGACACCAUUCUCAUCCUAGACAUCCAACAACCAAGGAAAAUGGAACGCAGCAUUUACGAGCAUUAGCUUUGGUUCUGUCUCAGUUGUAGUUCUGGGACAGUGUGGGAUAUUUAAAUGAGGCUAACUUGUGCACCCUCUUGUUUAUCGUACUGUAUGUACCGUAAGUGGCAUAUUAUCGUUGUCCUCUCUGCGCAGUUCCUUUGUUCUGAUUUGUUUCUUAUCUGAUCUGCACAGAAUUAAGGGUUGGAAUCUAUCACGUCGAUGUAAAUAAUCGUGAAACUUCAGGAGGUGGUCAGAGAUACUUUCAAAAGUAGUACAAAUCCAAUCACUCAGAUCAAUUCUGAAGGUGGUCUGAGACACUUUUAAAACAGGAACAAAUCCAAUCACUCAGGUCAUUUCAGAAGGUGGUCUGAAACAAAUUUGAAAAAGAUACAAAUCUAAUCACUCAAACCACUUAAGGACUUAAGGUCUGAGGUGCAUUUAAAACAUACAAAUUUGAUCGCUCAAACUACUUCAGAAGAUGGUCUGAGACGCAUUUGACUCAUAUUGUUGCUUUGCUUUUUGCAAAGUUGGUUUGUUUCUUCUCUGACCUGCACAGAAUUAUGGGUUGGAACGGCUCACGUUGAUGUAAAUAACAGUAAGUGCUCGAAAACUCUACAAUUGUAGCAUUCUGCCACACAUACCAACACAGGGCGGAGCUUAACCUUUAAACCUUUAACCGUCACCUUUUGUCUUUAUCACCAAACAACAGUGUACGAGGCGUUUUAUUUUUGCUAUAUUCUUUUGGUUUUGGUAUCAUGACUGUUUCUACGUCACUUCGCCUAAUUGACGUCCAAUCAAAGGUCCAACGCAGUCCUGUUUCCCAUCAUGCCUUUCACCUGUGGCGUCAGUAGAUCCACGCUGACCGCUUCCGUGGAAGGGCUCGAAAUAAGAUCCAAUCCAAGCUGAUCCUGAGUGCGAUGCGAUGUCUUGGAUAAAUGCCUUCAUAUUUACGAGAGUUUCGUUUGGCGAACUUGUUAAAACCUCAUGUUGGACUUCUCAUUGUUUCUCGGUUCUCCAAUACCUCAGAGCAAUAUUCUGUAUCCCUGUUUGCUUUCCUUAUUGUCCGUUUUUACCUCGGAUCUUCAGGCCACAUCCAUAUCUACACUUGAUCAUCUACCACACUGGUGUCUCUCAGAGGAGUGGUCACUAAGAGGGUAUCAGUGUUGUGUGGAAAGGUAACACUCUUAAAAAUAAAGGUGUCAAACUGGGUUCUUUCAUUCAAGCAAUGCUGUGCACGCAUAAUAAAAAAAUUCUACAUGGCGUUCUUUGUGCGAUACCAUAGAGAGACUACUUUUGGUUCCAUAAAGAAACAAUGGCCUUUUCAGAGCCUUUUCUGAAGGGCAGAUCGAUUUUGAGAUUUCUUUUUAUAACAUAGAAGAGGUCAUACUUGAGGACAAAAUAAUGUGGCAAGAAGACAAUGACGUAGAAAUACAUGCAUUGGGGGUGGUCUGAGGCAGUCUGAGACGCUUUGAAAACAGAUACAAAUCCAGUCACUAAAACCACUUCAGGAGGUGAUCUGAGACGUUUUUAAAACACACGAAACAAGACACAAAUCUGAUCACUCCCUUUUCAUCUGACACCCUUUCAGAAGGUUGUCUUAGACAAAUUUAAAACAGAUACGAAUCUGUUCACUCAAACCACUUCAGGAGGUGGUCUGAGACACACUGAAAACUAACAGCGCUGUGCGAAACAUGAAACGUGGCCUGUAGCUGGCAUGUCAUCAUUUCUUAAUGGAACAUCUCCUGUGGCAUUGAUUAAAGAGCCCUUUGUAGCACCUUUCUUUUUUAAGGUUCUGGUUUCUCCAUAAACCUUUCAGAAAAAAAAGAUUGGUUUAAGAAGUGCUGCUGUCAGUGGAAGAGAUACAUGAUGUAAACUGGAUCUGUACUUAUUAAAAAAAGUGUAUGUCCAAACCCAGAAACCCUAAAGGAACCUUCAUGUUCAAGAAGUGUAGAAGAGCAGUGGGCUUCACUGUACAUCUUAACCUGCUUUACAAUGAAAAAUUGAUGUUUUGUGUGUAUUUUUUCCAUCUUUGACAGCUAUAUUCUUUGUCUUUCAUUGAUACUUUUGGGUUCUGUCUUCAUAAAAACUAACUAAAAAAGGGAAUGGACUGGCAAAGUUCAUAACGGAUAUUAUGGGAUAUUAUCGGACAUUAUCUGAAUAUGUUGAUGCACAUCUGUUUAUUCUGCCUUUCUUCCAUCUUCAUCUUCAGCUGGUCUGUGCACUGAUUUUCUGGCAAAAUGCAUAUUUUAGUCAGUACACUCUACUAAACUAGAAAAAGGUGUAUUUUAAAUAUCAAGUGUCAAAAAUCUAAAAUAUAGAUAUGCAUUUCAACUGCAUCUUCUUUUGUUUAGUUUUCUUUUUUGCUAUUAAGAAGUUCUGCAAAAGCAGAAAUAAUCAUAUUCAUAGCUUCAAAUGAUGUUUAUUAUGUUUAUAUAUAUAUAUUUUUAUCAUUUUUAUUUUCCAGUGAUCAGUGUACCCAGACAGUUCUUUGAUUUACUGCUUCUACUUGCAGGGUAACAGUAUUUUAUGUAAAUCUAGUCCAAAAGAAAGAAUGGCAUAUUACCAUAUUCACCAUGUAUGCGUGUAUGAUGAGAUGCUGCAACUUAAUCUGCUAGAAAAGCCUUUCUUUAUAGUAAAGCUACGUCAUUUUCUCUA